AUCCUCCACCCCACUGCUUAGUCUUUCUUAGUCCGUUGAAAUAAUGCCGUCCAACUUUGGGGACACUAGCACUGUUGUUGGCGAAACGUCCUACCAGACAAAUGGUCCGUUUGGCAAGAAUCCCAAGAGUGACAGCCCAGAGAAGCCCUCAGAUCGUCGACACAAUGCUCUUGGAAAAGGUCCAGUAACUCCUGGGAGCGAGUUUGUCGCCACGAUGGAUUAUACCAUCGAAAACAGGCCGUUCUUCGUACCCAUUGGCAAGGGUGGCGUAAUUGUUGCUCUGGAGGAACUUGACAGACAGCUACAGCAGUCUGGUAGAACCAGGCUUUUGUCCAAGAAAGUUCCUACCGACUGGACUGGGAAAGAAAUUGUUCCUGGUCGCCUUGGCCUUAUCAAUCAUGGUGGGUCUCCAAAGAUUUUGACCAGACCAGGCCGUUAUCCCGGUUUCCCGCUACGAAAUUGGUGGGCCCGUUCGUGGUCUGGGACGACAGGACUUUCCGACACCGUCAUUGAAUUUCAAGGUUUGACCGUGGUGCAGGUAUCCCAGAAUCAAGCGGCGGUCGUCUCAGACCCACAAAACCACAUCUUUGUAAUUAAGAAUUCGGGAUUCGUGGCCUAUGCUAUUGAAGGAACUUACGACGUGUUAUCCAUUGUCGACCAAACCCACUUGCCGACAGUCAUCAAGGACAAAUUAACCAGCGUGAUUUUGGGGUGGACUCACGAAGUGAAAAUGAAGAGUAAAGUCAGUGGCAAGGAGGAAAGGGAAUACGUUGUGGCUACUUUCUUGAACAUCCCAGCCAGCAAUUGUGCCAUCUUGCAGCGCGGUGAUGACCUUGAGCUCCUUGGAGCUGGCCAAUCAGUCAUUACGAAUCCUAGUGUUACUCUCCGUGGACUUUACACCUUAGGAGAGAACCAGCUGGAGAUGCCCACAAAGGACAUCUUCACUCGCGAUCAAGUGCCUGUCAGCCUGACGAUCUAUCUGAAAUGGCAACUUACUGAGCCACUGAAACUCACUACUCAUGGGUAUAAUACCCCUUACGAUGCUCUUCGAGACAAAACACAGUCCAUCUUAACCCAAAUUGUCGCACAUCUCGAUUAUUCUUCAAUGGUCAAACAACGCUCUCUUGGACCUGAUAACAUGGACGAUGGCACUGACCCAUCAUCCGCUUUUUUGGAUGCAUUGAGAACUCGUGCUAUGGAUGAAAUGCACGAAGCUGCUCUUGAAUACGGCAUCGUCCUCAAGGAUCUUGCAGUCAUCGAUCGACAAUUCAAAGGCGAGAUUGCCGCUACUAUGGAUAAGUUGACCACGCGAGCGUUGCAGGCUCAGGUUGAGGCCGCCAAUGUCGACAGAGAAAAUAGCAACAAAGUCAAGCAAGAAGAGGGUGCUCUUUCCGUUACACGCAUCAAAGCGCAAGCCGCAAACACCCAGGCUGAUGCUGAGGCCUACCGAGUCAUUGCUGCAGCCAAGGCUCAAGCGCAGCGCACAAGGAUCGAAGCAGAGGCCCAAGCGGAGGCAACUCGUAUGGCCGCUGAGGCUGAGUCUGAGGCUGUGCGGAUCAAGGCCGCUGCUGAUGCUCAGGUCAUUGACCAAUUCGCCCGGGAAAUGGAGUUCCGCCGUAUGGAGGUCAAUAGGAUCAAGGCGUAUGGUUCCAAGACGAUCUUUGUACCAUCAGAGGCCACUGGGGCACAGAUGGGGAGCGCAAUGGCACUGGGCAUGGCAGCGUCGAUGGGGGCAGAUGCCAAACGCGCGACAGAAAAGAGUGCUGCCUUACCGUACUUUGUAAUUUCUACACAUGCUGUGCCAAUCUGGCUCUAG